AUGGAAACCCGCUGGCAGCUCCGGACCUCGUACUCCGGUCCCAAACCCACGGCAGCUUUAAUUCACUCCUCCGUCUCUCUUCCUCGUAUUUUCCUGACAUUCAAUACAUUCUUCGCACUUAGUUCUGAAAUGGUGUCGAGAGUCUGGCUCAUCACAGGGUGUUCCUCCGGGUUUGGCAAAUGCAUCGCAGAAGCUGCCCUCCGUCGGGGCGACGUUGUAGUGGCAACUGCGCGUCAAGUCGCCACCCUCGCUGAUUUAGAAAGUAAAGGGGCUCUGGCCUACGAGCUGGAUGUGACCUGGCCGGACGAAAAGUUGAAUGGCGUUGUGUCUGAUGUGUUGGGAAAGACAGGGCGGAUCGACGUCCUGGUGAACAACGCCGGUUACAUCCUGACUGGAGGAAUUGAGGAGGUCAGUGCAAAAGAGGUCCUCCACCAGUACGACACCAAUGUCAUCGGCCAACUCAACGUCGCCCGUGCCAUUCUCCCUCACAUGCGCCAAAAACGCGCUGGGGUUAUUUGCAACAUGGCAUCCAUCGGGAGUUGGCGCGGUGUCCCUGGUGCUGGAAUAUAUUGUAGCUCCAAGGCAGCCUGUUCGAUCAACUCAGAGGCUUUGCGUGCUGAAGUCGCCCACUUGGGGAUUGACGUGGUGGCAGUAGAGCCUGGCUAUUUUCGCACAAACUUUCUGACCGACUCCAAUCGGAAGCGGGCACAGAGGCGUGUUCCAGAUAUUUCUGGUCCUGUGGAUGCCGCUUUGUCGGCCUUGGAUGCGAAGAACUGCAAGCAGCCAGGCAAUCCAAUCGUCGCGGCGGAGUUGCUAUUUGAAGCGUUAACGCAUACUGGGCAGUGCAUGGGGAAGACUCUGCCUUCGAGACUAGCUUUAGGUAAUGAUGCGGUUCAUCUGAUUCCCUCGAUUAUGGAUCAGGUUCGUAAGGAUAUCGAUGAGUGGAAGGCGUUGACUGGUAGCACUGAUUUUGAGUAG